UAUCGCUAUAUACCAUACACGCGUUAAUGUGUUAUUGUGUUUUAAUAUCAUAAAUCUGUAUCAAAUCCGUGUGUAUAAUACUGUGCAAUAAUAUUAUUAUGCAUGCAAUAAAUGAAUACAUCUGAUAAUAUAAAAUGGUAAUGAUCGAAUUUUCCCAAUACACGCAGCAAAACAUUAAUCGCGUGUACGGCGUGUGUGUGUGUGUGUAAUAAUAUUAAGUUGUCUUGGUUCCGAUUUGUGAUAAGAACGCGUUUCACUUAUAUAACUCGAGUCGUACAGACAGAUAGUCUACAGUCAACGGUCGAACGUUCGCAUUGUCUCAACAGACCGAUCUAUUAUCAAUAUAACAUUUAAGAUACAUAUUAAUCAUAUUACAUAUACAUAUUACAUCUGAACAAACGCAUCACCGUCAUGGCCAGCCGCCGUGUAAGCAUCAACGACUAUGAUUCCAAUGCACCCAGCAACUUAUUCCGGACCAACGGUCAAAACUUAUCUGGCAUGGGAAACAAAAGGAGAGAGAUCAACGCUCCUCUCAUCGUAGUUUCCAAUAGACUUCCAUUUGUGUUGAGUAAAAACGCAGACGGAGAAUUAGUGCGGAAACAAAGUGCGGGUGGUCUUGUAACGGCCGUCGCUCCAGUUGUUGUCGAAUGUAAAGGCACGUGGAUUGGGUGGUCUGGUUCGUUCGAUUUAAAACCCAAUGAUCCAAUUCCGGAAUCCGAUCCAGAAGACAAAGCUCCUACCGCUGGACUCAAAUCUAGUCAAAUUAUUCCAGUACACUUAGAUAAAACUGAAAUUGAAGAAUUCUACAACGGGUGUUGUAAUGGCACGUUUUGGCCCCUAUUUCACUCAAUGCCCGACCGUGCGAAUUUUGUUUCAAGGGACUGGAAAACAUACUGCAAAGUAAACGACAAGUUCGCCGAUUGCACACUGGAUGCCCUGCGGAGUGCUAUAAAAACCCUAGACGACGCUGGAGAUCACCACACGGCGCCACUGGUUUGGAUUCAUGAUUAUCAAUUACUGACGACUGCAACCAAAAUCCGUCAGGCGUGUGAAGCCGAAAACCUCAGGUGUAAGUUGGGAUUCUUCUUGCACAUACCAUUUCCAUCGUGGGACAUUAUGAGGCUGUUACCUUGGGACGAUCAAGUUCUACAGGGAAUGUUGGCUUACGAUUUUACCGCCUUCCACAUUGAGGACUACUGUUUGAACUUUAUUGAUUGCUGCUGUCGUCGGCUCGGGUGCCGAGUGGAUCGGACCAACAUGCUGGURGAGCUGGCCGGAAGGACUAUACAAGUGAAGGCGCUGCCGAUCGGCAUACCGUUCGACCGUUUCGUACAACUGUCGGAGAAGGCGCCAGCGUUCCUAACCAUGUCGGACGAUGUCAAGGUGAUACUGGGCGUGGACAGGCUGGACUACACUAAAGGUCUGGUGCAUCGGAUCCUGGCGUUCGAGAAAUUCCUGGACAAGUAUCCCGAGCACCGAGAGAAAGUGGUGCUGCUGCAAAUCUCGGUGCCAUCCAGGACGGACGUCAAAGAGUACAAACAACUCAAGGACGAGACCGAACUGCUGAUCGGCCGCAUCAACGGAAGGUUCUCGAUGCCCAACUGGUCGCCGAUCCGGUACAUCUACGGGUGCCUGAGCCAGGAGCAGCUGGCCGCCCUGUACCGGGACUGCGCGGUGGCGUUGGUGACGCCGCUCCGGGACGGCAUGAACCUGGUCGCCAAGGAGUUCGUGGCGUGCCAGAUCCGCACGCCGGGCGUGCUGAUCCUGUCACCGUUCGCUGGCGCCGGUGGCACCAUGCACGAGGCGCUGCUGGUYAACCCGUACGAGCUGGACGAGAUGGCCAACGUGCUGCACCGAGCCCUGGGGAUGCCGCUGGACGAACGCGAACUGCGCAUGACGCAGCUUAGGCACCGCGAACAGCUGUUGGACGUCAACUACUGGAUGACGUCAUUCUUCUCGUCGAUGGGCGCGCUCGGMGACGACGACGAAGACAGCGACGCGAAUGGCGGUAUCGGCGGGGGUAACCGGUCGUCCAAGAGUAUGCAAUUGCAACUGGACGACUUCGACAUGUACCUGAGCAAUCACAUCGCRGGCGCUGGCAAGCUGAGCYUGAUCCUGGACUACGACGGCACGCUCACGCACCUCACGUCGCAUCCCGACCUGGCCGUCAUGUCCGAGGAGACGGUCAAGGUGCUGCAGCGGCUCAGCCGCAUGCCGGACGUGAACAUCGCCAUCAUAUCGGGCCGGACGUUGGACAACGUCAAAUCGAUGGUGGGCAUCGAGAACGUGACGUACGCGGGCAGCCACGGCAUCGAGAUCCUGCACCCGGACGGCACCAACUUCGUGCACCCGGUGCCUAGACAGUACGAGCAAAAGGUGGCCGAGCUGCAGAAGGCGCUCGCGGACGAGGUGUGCGGCGACGGCGCUUGGGUGGAGAAUAAGGGCGUUAUGCUGACGUACCACUACCGGGAGGUGCCGGUCGCCCGUCGCGAACUUCUUGAACACCGAGCGGUCGAGAUAUUCGAGGCGGCMGGGUUCGAGCCCCACCGCGGUUUCUUGGCCAUCGAGGGCAAGCCACCCGUCACGUGGGACCAGGGCCGCGCGUCCAUUUACAUACUGCGCACCACGUACGGCGUCGACUGGUCUGAGCGGGUGCGCGUCGUGUACGCUGGCAACGAGGACGCCAUGCUGGCGCUGCAGGGCAUAGCGUGCACGUUCCGCGUCGAUCCGUCGCCGAUGGUCCAGACGGCCGCCGACUUCCGGYUGUCCGGUCCAGACGCCGUGCUCACCAUGCUCAAGUGGGUGGAGAAGGAGAUGCACAAGCGGCUGCCGACGCUGCGGACGGUCAGCAACAGCCGCGUGCAAAACGCGGCGCUGGCGCACAGUAUCCGGUCGCAGAUGAGCAUCGACCAGAAGGAAGAGGAAAAGGAAAAGAUGAUCCUGUUGGCCCGGAGGUCUAAGCUCACCACCACUUGAGCGACGGUCGAGACGAUGACUAGAACUGCRCGCAACACCUCCGCGUUAUGACAUUAAUAUUCUAUAAUGAUUAUAUUAAUGUACGAGUACUCGGACAGCAUGACAAAUUAUACAUUACC